AUUUUCUGUGUGUGUAUGAAAGAAACCACUGUUCUGGCAUUGAUUCUGGUUGAAUGAGAAAGCAUGGGCAUGAUUGUAUGUUGUCCACGAAACACAAAAGUCUGCUAAGGUAAAACGCAUAAAGUGCUGCCGCGAUACCGACGACGGACUUGUGUGCUCUUUGUUGGAUUCCCAAAACACCCAACGCACACCGGAAGCAUAUUUGGUGAGCCCCGUUCGAGGUGGCAUACAGUUUAAAAGUCAUCUAAAAUCUAUCUCAAACGCAUUUCGGCGCUGAGUAUAGAUUGCGUACGCGUUGAAACGUUUUUGAGUUGCAAAAAAGCAAAGCACAACGAAAAACGCACAACGCGAAGAAGCAGCAAGAAAAGAGAAAAAAAACCUGUCAAAAGCUAUCCGAGUGCAGCACCAGCACCUCAGCAUGUGGUUCGACGAAAACGGAGGUAAAGCAUUUUGCCUUGCAGUUGUGUAAGUGCGAAUCGACAACAUCAGCUAGGGCAAGUGCUUGGUGGUGUGCGUGUUUGCGACGUGUGCAGCAGCCCGCAUCGGCAAAGUGUGGUGGCGUGUGUGUUGUGUUUUUCCUGUUGAGCUGCGCCUGUGUGCGUUCGUAACGGCGUGCGAAGCGAGUGUGUGUGCGUGUGGUGGUAUCGCUUGCGCCCCGAAAGGGAAAAGUGUGUAGCAGACCGAAGAGCCAGCAGUAGUGAAUAUUCAUUCUCUUUCUUCAUCCAUUCGUGGUAGCCAUCAUCGUUGUCGUCGUCGUUGUCGUUUUGUCCCAUCGUGGUCGCGAUUCCGUUUCCAAGCAAUUCAAUUCUGUGUAAAAUUAUAGAGUGGCGGAAAUCCUUUUCCGUGGUGGUAACAGUUUUGCGGAAAAGCUACGGCAAAUUCCCGUCUCGGCGAAUCCGAGUGCUCCGACUUUUUCCCAGACACCUUCAACAGUGGAACAGGAGAAGAUCGGGGCAGAUUAAAGGUUAGUCAAACGUCAAACUUGCCGUGCAGUUACGAAAGUUGUGUUUGCGGUUUUGUCAUUCGAGUGAUGUGAGAGCCCGAGCAUAUGUUUACAAAGAAAAGGAAGCCCCAAUUCUACCAGCACCAAUGUGUUUAUGUUGGUUGUUCCUCCCAUAGCUAGAAUAACGGAGAGCGCAAUGGUGUUGCUAUCCUUCCGAGGGAUGGAUAUUGAAUUGAUGCAAACAUCUACAAAAUGCAUCGCGCAAUUGGCCACCCCACGAUUGCGGCGGACGUGGAUGAACCUUUGACAGCUGUGUGACGUCACAGUGAAAUAUGAUUAGAAUCUGUGCACCUUCCCGCAAAUCGUGGUGAACCACACACGCAAUGCCGCGGAGUGCAGAAUCUAAUCGAAUCGCAUAUUGAAAAGCUUCCUUUGCCAGGGUUGCACGCCAUUUUCGCUUAUAUCUGGCUUGCAAUAAGUUGCUUUCCGGGCAACGUUAAUGGUUCAGAAGAUGGCAUCGUACGCUCAAUUCACAUCUUGGUGGCGGUGUUUUCAUCACUUGCGGCGUUCUAUUUUUAAAAUACUCGUUUCGUUAAGCUGUCCCAGAUGUCAGAGAAUGGUAGUGCAAAAGAAUCUAGAAUCGAAUGUGUGAAGUAGCAGCCAGCACACCAAUCGGUUUGUGUAUAAGCGCGAUCGGCGGGGUGUGGAUUGAAUUUGAUUAAGUUCCUUGGCUUGGGUCUAAACAAUUUGUGGUUGGAAAGGAUGUUUUCUUAAAAAAUCUCUUUCGGAUAUCUUCAAAAUAAUUGGUUUUGUUUUUUUUUUUAAACAGUGGUCUCCAAACUGUAGUUCGCGGAUCACUUGUGGUCCGUGGCGUUAACAGAAGUGAUCUGCAAAAAAAACUUAUUACGAUUCAUGUAUAGCAAUUGUUUUCCAUUAUCAAGAUAAAAUACUUAUGCACAGGUCUACAAUUUAAACAUAAUUUUGAUUAAAAACUUUGAACUAAGUCUUUAAAACAUAAGCCCUCAACUGACGUGGGCUGUGACAAAUGUAUUUUCAAAGCCAACUGGUCCGCUAUCCUAAACAAGGUUAGAGAGCGCUGGUUUAAAGUACAUUAGAAGUUAUAAGGCCAUACUCGAACUGAAACAACGAGUUCAUUCUGUUAACUAUCCUACAUGUGAUGUAGUUCAACAAAGGAAUUAAUAUGAAAUUAGUGAAAUUAAACCAAAAUUGCUGGAUAGUUGUAGUUAUGCGCACUAUGAAAAAUAACUGACCAUCAUAGAGUGAUGGUUAUCAGUUUUAUUAUAACAAUGUAUUUUUCUGGGACGAUUCCGUAUUAGAUCAUCUGGCCAAUGUGUCAUGAGUGUUAGAUGUUUUAAAGGUAACGCAAUAAUCAAAACUCAUAUCGACCGUCGUCCCCCUUAGUGGAUUGUUAUCUCGACUUAGGCAGGGAGUCAGGUUCAAUUGCAUAGGCCGGCAUAACCAUGUUAUGUUAUGCACCAAACUAGACAGAUAAACAUUGCUUUUUUUUUAAUUUCGACUGCCAAAGUAAUAAUUAAAGAUUUUACCAUUGCGUUAUUGUUCAUGUAUAUAUCGUAUGUGGUCACUCAUAUUCUGCCUUAGUGGAACGUUUAGUUUCAGUCACCGGUGGGUUUAGACAUUGCAUCAAUUUAUUAAUGAUGCUUUUAUUACCUUCUCAUAUUUUUAGAUUUUUAUACAUCACGCUUAUUGCUGUAUUGCUUGAACAAAAUGGUUUAUGGUUGAAAUUAAACUCAAUUCUCAACUAUAUAAUAAUCCAUACAUGAACAUCUUCGGUGCUUUCCGCCUUUGAUACCCCAGCUGAUUCUAACGACUCAACCGGGUAGAGUAAACGUUGGUGAUAUGCUGGUGUGCGUGAAAAACAUUAAACGUCUUUCCAACGCAUGGCCGUAUUUUUCGUAGCACCAGGGGGGUACCAGGCAGGGAAUGAUUUUGACAGUUGGUUUAGUGUAGAAAACGCCUGCAUCGUAACUUGGCAAUAUUUCUAAAACAAAGAAGGAACUUAUCGAUAAAUAACAUUAAACAUUGUGUAGUAGUACGGUGGAUACUGGUAUUGUAGCUAUCUACCCUGGACAAAGUCGUCCGCUUCUUCAUCCAGAAGGAGGAGAAGCUGUCGAAGCAACGGUAUCAUCGAUCCCGGAAAUUGUAUCGUUACUGCCACCCACCUUCUGCCACUACACCCCACUGAAGAGUGAUUAUAGCAGCUUAAUCUGCCUGGCGAGCCAUUUGUUGAUAAACAUCCAGAAAGUGCAGAACCGUUAACCGCGGCCAACAAAGCAAGCAGCCUUCCGAACGGUGUCCGCGCAAGGAUGGGUGACGCAAUCAACUUUGGGCCUGCCUGGUUACGCAAGGUGGCGUCCGAUAGUAACACCACUAGUAACCAUCACAGUACGAACAGUAGCAGCAGCAGCAGCAGCCACCACAGCAGCCAUUCGAUGGUGAACAGCAAUAGCAGCAGCACCGUCGCCAACAAUGCUGGCGGUGGUGGAGGCGUCGGAUUGCAUCAUCAGCAUCUUCCGCAUCACCAUUCGCAGUCGCCGUCGUCGUCGCACUCUUCAUCGCACCAUAGCCUGUCGCAUAGUAGCAGCGGCAGCGCUAUCGGUGGCGGUGGCAGCGUCGGCGGCGGUGGCAGCUCCGCUGCUGCUGGCGGAGGUGGUGGUGGCCUUUCCAAUAGCUCGUAUGGUGGGAGCUCUGGUGGAGGCGGUGGCGCUGCUGCUAACAACGGCGGGACUGGACCGGGGGGCGCUGUUACCUCCACUGCAAUCCGGUACCCGUUGGCCGAGUUUCGCUACGGCCGGGAGGAAAUGCUAGCCCUGUUCGACGGGAGAACGACCAAGACUCCGGAAAUACUGGUGCACUAUAAGGGUUUGUUCGUGGAAAAGCCGCAACCACCGCUCGCGCUUACUCCUUGUCCGGAGGAGGAACUGAUUGUGGAACCGGAGGCACGGCGCGCUUGGCCAUCGAGAAGUAUUUCGCUUGGAAUUCCUGGACGUGGCGCUCGUGGUGGCUCGGUGGAUCGUGGUCGCGGGCGUGGCCGCGGUCUGUAUACUAGCUAUCAACGUUCGUCCUCUUUCUACGAUGAUGAAUCCAGGGGCGUAGGAAGAGGCGAACGACCGUGGCUGGAGCGUAACGGAACUGGUGGCAUCGGAGGGGUCGGAGGCGAUGCAGAGUGGAACAACUCAUCGUCGAGCCCUCGGAAGGAGUACGGGUCGCGCGUUAUUCGUACGAGCGGGGGCUUGGAAAGUUGGCGUCGUUCCCGUACGGACGAUGAGAACGCCGGCGCUACCAGCAACGGGAUCAGCGAUUGGCGAUCUGGUGGUGGUGCUGGCGGCAGUAUUACGGGCGUGGCGCGUGAAAAGUGGACUCGAUCAACGAGCUGGCGCGAUGAGGAUAGCUCCUCGCAUCACGGGGUCGAACGAGGAUUGAAUAGUAGCAUCGGGGGUGACCGGAUGAUUCCCCCCUACAAGUCGCGCCUUUCGUCUGGUGGCGGUCUUGGCAGCGGCGGUGGUGAUCCGAAUUCCGGCCACUCGAUGGGUGCCGGUGGAAUGCGUCGCCCGAACUGGGACACCGAUGAGCUGCCCGAGUGGGCCACGGAAAAUCCGUCCGAUUUCGGUGGCAGCUUCGAUGCGACCGGUGCAUUUCACGAUUCCGAUAAUGAUGGCGAGAACGGUGGUGGUGGUGGCAGUAGCAGCGGGGGAACUACUGCUAGCCGGUAUGGCGGAGAUGGUAGUGACGCGAACGGCGGUAAGACAAACCACCUUACCAAGGGCGGCGAUGAACGAUCGAAAAACAACAUUCGACACCGAGCUGACGACAGCGAGUCCGGCGGUGAACCCCAUCGAGACGGGACAGAGGAUACGACUGGCAAAAAUAGAAGCGAUAAAUCAACGCCAGCAUCGGCCCAGGGAAGAGAAAUCGGAAAGUCCAUGAAUCAUAUCGACGGCAGAGUGGACGACGCGACGGCGUUAGCUGUCGGUAAAAAAGGGGACGCUCACAAUGAAAAGCAACAUUCGAGUGCCAAUGAAUUGCAACAGAAGCAAAAACAGAAACAACAGCUAGAUAAGGACGGAAACCACCAUGUGUCUGAAUCGUCACCAGAAAAGCUAUCCUCGUCGGAGAGAAAUGAUGGUUCUGGCUUAGUUCAAUCGAGCACUACGACGAAGGGUAUAUCUUCUUCGCGUGAAUCAAUCGAAUCCUCCGUUUCAUCCUCCAUCAGCGGAACGGCCGCUGUGAUAGAACCUGACGCUCGACAGAAUUCUCCGUCGUCUUGGCACAAGGCUAAUGCUGCAUCGGUUGCCACUGGUGCAAAAAUUGCUUCCGAACAUGCGUCGCUGUCGGCUAAAGGUGGUGAGGCCGGGAAUGAAAAUGACAACAACGAUGGUCAAAAACAUUCCUCGCAGCAAGAGAAGCGAGACGGACCGAAAAAGUCGCCGUCCAGUACGAGCGUCGAUCGAAUGCAGGAAGUGGCAGACGAUAUGGUUGCUCAGCUGAUUAUGGAUGAUGAAUUUCUGGCGACUGACGGUGAUCCAUCGGUAAUCUCUUCGAUUGCUGCUAGCCCCAGUGGGUUGGUCGGUGCGGGUGGAAGCCUCGGCAAAUCUCCGGUCUUCGGUAUGUCGGCGGCAGGUGCGACCAGUGCGGCAGCAACCUUAGCAGCGGGAGGACUACCGAUGAACGUGGUUUUACCGAAGGCGCAUCCGAUGCAACAACUCUUUGGAAAUGGGAACCUUUCGCGCGUGAAUCCUCUAUUGCUAUCUGAUCCGGUGGCUGCCAAUCGUGCAGUAGUGGCCGGUGUAAACCCGAUGGCACAGCUGCACCAUUUGAUGGGACCACCGGCUCCCCCGCCCGGAUCGGAUAUAUGGUUUUACCGUGACCCUCAGGGAAAAUUGCAGGGUCCGUUCCAAGCGGCGGAAAUGACAGAAUGGUACAGGGCCGGAUACUUUGACGAGUCGCUGUCGGUGCGGCGAGCAUGCGAUGAGGUAUUUAAUACGCUCGGCACACUGGUGGCCCUGUGCGGUGGCAUGCCAUUUUUAAAUUCUGUGAUCAUACAACCGUUCAAAGCGUCCGGUGGUGGCGGUGGCAUGGCGAAACAUUCGCCACAGCAACAACAGCAAACACAGUCCAGCACGGCGACCCAGGGCCAACAGAAACAGGCUGCACCCGGCACGAAUGGCAACAAUGUUAUGCCUUCCCCGAAUCAACAGCCAACGGCUGGACAGGGAUCCUCGCAGCAGCAGCAGCAGCAAGGGUCACUGCAUCCUGGGAAUGCUGGUAGUUCUGCUGGUGGUGGUCCGAAUGUUUCCGGAAUUUCAAGUAUUCAUUUAAUGCGCCAGCACCAAAUGGUGGUGCAGAAGCUACAAAGUACGGAAGGAUGGGCUGUACUAACGCCAGAGCAGCAAAACAUGAUCAUCCAACAGCAGAUGAAUCAGCUGAUGAGCUCAGAUGUAGCGGGCAUUGGAAUGAUAUCGCCUUCUUCAUCGUUGCCUGGCGCAAAUGCUGGAAGCGCAGCAGGUGCGAAUCAGCAUCAACAACAGCCGGGUGGCAUUUUUGGCGCUGGAACAGCAGCCGCUGGUAUGAUACCGUCGAACCAGGAAACGUUGGUACAUCAGAAAAUGCGGGAAAUGCACCAACAACAAGGCCAACCCCUGCAACCGCCUCAACCGCAACAACAACCGCCAGCACACGUUAUGAUGGAACAGCUGCAAAAGUCUGUUUCAAGCAAUCAUAACAAUAGUGCGUUCUUGAAGUUGCAUUUACCAGACUUCAAUCAGUCAUCUCAAGUUCCUGGAGGAAGACCGAUGCUUGGUAACAUGAAUGUUGAUCCCACCACUGCCGCAGCUGUAGCUGCUGCUGCUGCAGCCGGGCACGACCCUCUAGGGCACUUGAUGCAUGGUAUUGGGUAUAAUCCUCAAGCCGCUGGGCAAAAUCUUGGACCUUUGGGGCCAAACAAUCUUCUGAUGAAUCGCGGUAGUUUGCUGGGAGCUGGGGCCGGUGUUCCUACACAGCAACAACAACCUCCAUCUCAACACCAGCAACCACCACAUCCAAACGCAGGAAAACCUGGCGCAGAGGAUCCUAUUCAAUCACUGUUUAUGCAACUGUCGUUGCAUAAGAACCAACAAACUCCGCAGCAGAUGCCGAAUCAUCAGCCUCCAUCGAAACCGGGAGGAGAAAUGAUGGGAGCCCCUGCUGGCUGGCUGCAAACGGGCGCUGGACAACCACAGACUGCCAAUAAUGGCGGUGGAUUACCUGGACUAGUUGGCCCGCGAGGUCCAAUGAUUGGCGCAGCUUCUAGUUGGGGCGAUCUACCACCACCUACGAGUGCCUCUUUUGCGUCCUUAAUGCAGCAGCAACAGCCGCCGCAUCUCCCCCUCGCUGGACACCAUCCACUGUUAUUAGGUGGCAGCGGUCCAUCAAAUGAACCACAGGCACCAUCAGUUGUUUCACUGUUUAAACAUCAUCAGCAGGCAGAAAAGCAACAACAAAUGGAGAAAGAACAGCAACUUAUUCAACAGCAGCAGCAACAGCAACAACAGCAGCAACAGCAGCAACAGCAACAGCAGCAGCAACAGCAACAGCAACAGCAACAGCAACAGCAGCAACAGCAGCAACAGCAGCAGCAACAGCAGCAGCAACAGCAGCAGCAGCAGCAACAGCAGCAACAGCAGCAACAGCAACAGCAACAACAACAACAAUUGCAGCAGCAGCAACAGCAACAAAUGCAGCAGAUGCAUCAAGAAAAUGCACUUGCUCAACAAAAACAGCAGCAUCAGGUGCAGCAAUCACAACAUGUCCAGGAAAAUCAACAGCAUCUGCAGCACAUGCAACAGCAUCAAAUGCAACAAUUACAACAUCAGCAGGAGCAUCAGCAGCAAAUAUCGCAACAACAGCAACAACCACAACAGCAGCCACAGCCGCCGCAACAGGCAGAACCUCAGCUGCAGCAACAGCAGCAACAGCAACAGCAGCAACAGCAACAGCAACAGCAGCAACAGCAGCAACAGCAGCAACAGCAGCAACAGCAACAACAGCAGCAACAGAAUCAACAGCAACAGCAACAGCUACAGCAGCAGCAACAGCAACAGCAACAGCAACAGCAACAGCAACAGCAGCAACAGCAACAGCAACAGCAACAGCAGCAACAACAGCAGAUGCAGCAACAGCAGAUGCAACAGCAACAGCAGCAGCCGCAACAACAACAACUGCAGCAGCAGCAGCCGCCGCAGCAGCAGCAGCCGCCGCAGCAACAACAACAACAUCUGCAGCAACAGCAGCAGCACCAGCAACAACAAACACAGCAGCAAAAGCAGCCUAAGGAAAAUCAAAAAAAGGAGAGCAUUGCCAUAGAAGCGUCGAACCAACAACAGUCCGGCAAUAACAAAAAGCAAAGUAAUAAGCAGCACCACCAGCAGCACGUAAAUAAUCACGUAGAAACGGUGGAAGAAAAGACAGGUACGUCGCAGCAGAAUCAAAAGUCCAAAAAGCAACAAAAGAACAACCAUCUAGCUUCGGGUGGGGCCAGCAACGGCCAAGCAACGAUUACCAGUGAGGAGGAGAGCGAAUUCAUCAUCGUGAAAAAAGAGAUGGAGGAAAAGAAGCGCCAGAAAGAGAUGAAAAAGCAACAGCAGGAGGAGCAGAAGCGUAAGCUGGCGGAAGAGAAAAAGCUGCUGGAGGAGCUGGAAGCACAAAAGAAAGCAAAGCUGCUGGAGUCUCAGCGCCGUGAAGCAAUGAAAAUUCAAGAGCAGCAACAGCAGCAACAGCAACGCUCGGCCCCUAAAGCUGUACCGGCGCCAUGGUCUGGAGCGAUGGCCGAAAUUGCAAACAGCAAACUAAGCCUGUCGGAAAUCCAGAAAACCGAACGUGCUCUGCUGGCCCGCCGUGAGCACAGCAUGCGCGAGCAACAGGAACAGCAGCAGAUGCUGGAGAUGCAAACGCAGCUGGUAGACGGACGACUGAAGUGGAACGCACAGAACCUGUUGCCGGCCAAGGUGAAACCAUUGGCUGAGAUACAGGCGGAAGAGGCCGCUGCGGCUGAAAGAGCCCGCGAGAAGAAUGCGAACGCGUCCGGUUUAACGGUGGCUGCCAUUGCGGCUCAAGGUGGCGUAAAGGGUUCGAAGAAAGAGGACAACUUGGCCAGCCUGCUGGGCGGUGCUGGUGCUAGUGGAGCCGGAUCCGCUGUGUGGCGCGGAGCCGGUAGCAUGCUGUACUUUAAUUCAACUAAAGCGUGGACCGGUGAUGGCGAGGCGAGCAGUCUUCUGGGUGGGGGAGCCGGCGGUGGUUCCUCCGGGCUCAGUAACAAUGUUAGCUCCGGCGGCUUCUGGGAGGAACCUACGCAGCCCAGCGUCGUAACAGCUGCCUCGAUUGUUGCUUCCGCUGGCAAGGGCACUGGCAACAGUGCGCGGAAGCAGUCGGCCAAUGCCAACGUGACUACGUCUGGCGGUGCUUCCGGCAAGCAGCAGCAGCAGCAGCUUUUGAGCAAGAGCAAAACAAUGGGCAGCAUUUCCACGAGCUCUUCCUCGACGGUGGCCGCUGCCAAGCAGCAGAAGCAACAGCAGCAAGGGUCAGCCAAAGGUAGCGGAUCAUCGGGUACCGGUAAGGCCGGUGGCAAGAAUGGAAAUGUGUCCGGAGGAAAUAGCGAUCGAAAGGACGACAGGAAGCAUCCGAGCGAGCCUACCAAUGAAUUUACCGAUUGGUGUACUCGUGCCCUGAGCUCGUUAAACAGCAACGUCGACAUUCCAACAUUUGUCGGAUUUCUGCAGGACAUCGAAUCACCGUUCGAGGUGAAGGAUUAUAUCCGUUUAUACUUAGGAGAAACUAAAGAGUGUUCGGAAUUUGCGAAGCAAUUCCUCGAGAGACGCUCCAAGUACAAAAAUCAGCAGCGCCAAAAGAAUGCCCACAUCGAUGAUAUGUGCAAACCGGCACCAGCUAUUAACCCAUCGUCUAACGAUUUCCAAGAAAUCAAGGGUAAAAAUAAGAAGGUAAAGAAGAACAAGAUGAUGAAACUCGACAGCAGAAUCUUGGGCUUCUCCGUUACGGCUGCGCCGGAUCGGCUUAACGUUGGCGAACGAGACUAUGGCGAUAACGUUUAAGUGAUCGGCACAUAGCCAGGACGAGAAAGUGAGACAGAGAGACAGAGGGAAAAAGAGGGAUACAGAAAGAAAGAAAGAGAGAGAGAUACAGAAAGAUAGAGAGAGGGAGAGAGAGAAAAAAAUCAACUGGAUUCGUGUGUGUGUGUGUGUAUGUGAGCAACAAAAGCAAUGAAGAACAUAAAAAUCAUAGCUGAAGCAGCAACAUAAGUGUGGCACAAAUAAUAACCCUUCCUCUCCCACUCAAUCAAACGUAGAUCGAUCGCAAGGGGUUUCGAAUUGGUUUUCAGUUUUUUUUCCUUUAAAUCAGUCUAAAAGGGUAGUGUAGCUUGUGUGAGAUGAUGGGAUUCAGAGCCAAACGUAAGCAAAAGUAUUCACGGAUCGUUAGUCAGGCGAAUGUGUACAUGUCAUUAGUAUGUAUCUGGUGGUAAAAUAUGCUCGAAAUUGUGUUUUGCACUGCUGCUAAAUGUUUACGAUUUACUUUUGCCACUUCCUUCCUUAUUUUCCUUGGUCGGUUGACAUGCAAUAAUGUUAGGGAUGUGCAACAGAUAAUUGAUGUUGCUUAUCCCCUACGAGAGACGACCUUGCUCAGACUGAAAUGUUACGCAUAGUUGAUCCCUGCGUUCUUUUGCUUGCUCUCUCUCUUUCUCUCCAUCAUCACCGUUUCGGUAUAAAUCAUCACAAUGCAAGAUUCGGCAACGAGCUUUGCUUUGUUUGGAAUCUAUGUUUUAGGGAUGAUUUGCGUUACGUUAUUGUUUUCAUGUCGAUUAAAGAUUCAAAGAUUGUUAAACUACGAAUUGUGCCACAACUGUGUAACUUAAAUGGUUCGAAUCGCAGUGCGAACAAUCUGGUGAAUCUUUAGGCAGCUCUUUUUUUGUGUUUUGUUAAUGGCAUAAGACAAGAACACGGUCUUGCAAGUUGAGCGUGCUUCGCUUCGUUUCGAAUGGAAUAUUUUGAUUUAUGAUUUGGAUAGUUUCAAUUAGAGCUGUUCGUGUUGAAAUUUAAAUCCUCGAUGCUUGUACUACGUUUGCGGUGCUGCACCGCAUUCGUUUUUUCGUACCAAACCGCACGCGUGCUGUACGGCUCUGUUGUAAAACGUUUGCCUACGGUACUAUUCGAAGGUACUAUGAAAUGCCUGCUCCUGUAACCGAUGUACUUUAGUUACUCGGUGUUAUUGGUAAACCUACUAAUGAUACUUGCUGCUAUGAAUAGCUGAACACCCAUUGUUGAAGGAAACAGCGAAACAAUCCAACUUAUAAACCUUUUUAUUAUAUCAUCGGAAAUAUUUUGAAUCGAUGCUGUGCUUGUUUGUGAAUCGUAGUGUUCUAGUAAGUUGUCUAAUUUGGCGCCUUUUAAAGGACAUCUUUAUAUUAGAAAAUAACAGCUAACCAGAAAAGAAGCAGGCAGAAGUUGUUACAAAAAGAAAAUACACACAUAUACACACCAACACACAUUACACAUACCCACACUGCCACGUAUCUGCGUAUGUUAAGAUUACGUAUCGUCAUUAGUCUCGUUUUGCGAUUGACACACGCGCCAAUCGAUACCCGUAGAAAAACAAGGCAAGGAUGAUUGUGUCGUAAGGAAAACACAAACACACAAUGUAAACCGUGCUUCCAUCGCAAAGAGCUGUUGGAAAAAUGCAAACUGAUGAUUGAUUGAGCAUGUGUAUUGUUGCAAGCCCCAACGCAAGGCAGAGUAUUUGGUAAUGGUUCUAGUAGAUGGAUUUGCAACUAUGUUGAUGGAGAAGAAAAACUGAAAGAAGGACAUCGUUUGAGAGCAAGAAAAAUCAUGUGUGUAGAUUUGCAUCUAAUGUUAUAAAGUGAAAUAAAAGAAAGGAAACUACUCUAGUACACAAGUGA